UUUAUGUGAAGCAUAAAGUAAUUUAUACCAUCUCCAUAAUAAAUUGUUAUUUUUGUCAAUUUUCCGGAUUAGGCUUGUGUACCGUUUUGGAUUCUAAUAUUACAGACUCCAUUAUUUUGAUCACGUGAUCUUUGUUUACCACAAUUUUAGAAGGGAGAAGAUUUUGAUAAGUUUUUUUUUGGAUUUUUGGUGGAUUGUCGUCGUUUUAUAUGGAGCAUUUCGAUUGACAUGACAUUCCUUUCCCUGUGAGACUUUAGCAGCUCAAACAAUGUAAGUACGGAGUGAAUUUCGUCAACUAUAGUGAAAUUGUACUGGCCUAUGCUAUGUCUACUCUCUUCCCUUCCAUGCAAUGACUAAAACAGUUCUUAUCCUGGGUCAUUCCUUUAUGCGGAGAUUCGAACAAUUUGUUUUACACAGUUUAGACGCACGUGUGAAUGAAAACCUAAAUUUGAACUAUGACAAAGUACAGAUUAAUUAUAGCGGACACGGUGGGGCUUCUCUGGAGAGGAUUCGCGCGCUUGGCACGUCUUACGUAAGAGAACAGCGCCCGGAUGUUGUUAUUAUUCAAGCUGUGUUAAACGAUUUGUGCAAACCAGAAAAGACUGUGGACUUGAUUUUUAGACGUUUAAUUGAAUUUGUGGUCGAUUUACGCUAUGGAGAAUCUGUAAAAUCAGUGGUCAUUUUACAAACUUUGCAUAGAAUUGCUCCGUUAAAGCCCACACGAUACCAAGUUGAUCUACCAUGGUUCAACAGCAGGGUUGAUGAACUUAACAGAAGAAUAUCAGAAUACAUUAAAGAAGUGGAGGCUGUAAAUUUCUUUCGCCUGUCAGGAUUCUGGAAUCCCUCAACUCGAUCUACUGUCUACCUUGAUGAUGGAGUUCAUCUAAACAAACAAGGGCACAUCAAAUAUUAUAAUAACAUCAGAGCUGUGGUUGUUUCAACCCUCAAAUAUCUGCACAAUGAUGAAUUCCAGUGGGAGAGGUAGAAGAAAAACAAGACCUAGACUUCCCGCAGCAGCUGGAUCAGCCACACAGAUGGAGGCAAUGAUGGAUGAGGAGGCAGGUGGUAGCUCCCAAAAUGCUGGUCAGCCUGGUGAUGUUCUACCAAUACAGCCGCAGUUGGUGGCAGCGGUGACCGAACAAGUGCUGCAAGCCCUGUCCAAUGAGAACAAAAGAGGCGAGAAGAGGAGGAAGAGACAACAGAAAGGAUCUGACUCUAAGAGACAGAGAGCACCAAGUUCAUCAGGUACAGAUUCUGACAGUAAUGAGGAAUCAUCAAGUGAUUCUGACAGUUCAUCAUCAUCUGAAAGUGAUUCUGAUGAUUAUGAUUUAUUAUCAGAUCCUACAACAUCUCAGAUAAAUGCAAAAUUGAAAAACAAAAUAUGGCAGAAUAAAUAUGUUGAUUUUAUCAAGCUGCUCCCCAAGGAUGAUCUAGCGUUAGACAAAUCGUUGCGAUUACAAAGUGCUGGCAAUUCUGAGUUUAAAUUUGUAGCAUCAAAACCAAAAAAGUCUAUUAAAUCUAUUGAACAGUGGACAAGUGCGGUUUUGAAAUUUUUGGCUGUUUAUUCUGCAAAAAUAUCCGUAAACAAUUCCAGCAGUAAUCAAACAUGGUGAGAUUGUUAGAGAAUUAGCAAGUAGGAGUUUUGGUUUGGCAUGGCUAACAUACGAUAAGCAAGUGAGAAAAGAUAUAGAAGUUAGGUCGAUUCCUUGGGGACAGCUUCAUUAUGAGUAUUGGGUAAUGGCCACCACUUUUCUAUAUCUGCAUA